CCUUAUUCCCCACUUUCAGAGUCUCAAAGAGAGACUUCUAUCUUAGAGAUUUUUAUAAGCACCAAAACCAUUUGUACAAGAGAAACGUACACACCCCUGUAAGGAAACUCCUGGCUUCCAGCACUUCUCUGAGGUCAGCACUUAUUGGACUCUACCUUCUGGGAAUGAGGGCACUCAGGACCUGGGUAUCAGACCUGAGGUGCAUGGAUUGUGAAUCCUUCCCGCUUCCUCCUUUCCUGGCUCCGCCCUGGAAUCAUCAUUCGGGUUUAAUACAGGAGCUCGGACCUGUGCACAGACAGCCUGGAUCUUCAGGCGUGGAGGAGCCGGUUACCCGGUCCAGGGAGUGUCCCAGAAACCAGUAAGGAGGACAAGGGACCCCUUAAAACUCAUCCACGUCCUGCUGGCCAUGCUGACGUCAGCAUCCACUCUCCUCGCUCCCAGGAUGUUCUGGGUCCUCUUGUUCUUGGCUACCUUCAGGAGUGCUCAGAGUGGAACAUGGGACAACCCCAAGUGCACCAAGGGUGUGGUUUCUGUGUCGAGGGGCAAGCCAGCCACGAUGAGCUGCGGCAUCUCCAAUGCCUUCUCCCACAUCAACGUCUCCGUGAAAGUGAACUCCACGGCACCCUGGAAGCUCAUCUGCAGUGUAAAGCCUCCAGGAGACUUCUGCCAGGAUGGAUGGGAUCUCUGGAUUUGGGAGGGCCAGGCAUACCUAGUAACUGAUAAAGCCCAGGUCACCCAGGCAGGGCAGUACAAGUGGACUCUGCAGGGACGCCAGAUAAAUACCGAAAUCACCACACUGACCGUCGUAGACUCGCAUUGCCUGCCUCUCACACCUUCCGCAGGCGAUGUCCCCCUCGAGGGUGCCCCCAAGGUGAUGGAGGCUCCUGCACAGGUGAACAAAGGAGGGAGGGCCCGGUCCCUCCCAUUUUUCGCAGGUUGGCAUGUGAACAUACCCCAUUCGGAUCUUAAUCUUGAAUACACUGAGCCAGAUCCGGUUAAUCUUCCCGAUCCUUGCCCUGGGUGUCCUCCUCAGCCUGCUGAUUUGCACACUGGCCUAGUGCCGAAGGUGUGGCUCCCUGAACUUCAAGCUCCAGAAGAACAUGAAUAAGAACCAGUUUGAGGGACUUUCUAGGAAGCACUUGAGGAACCAAAAUGAGGAUAUCAGUGACCUGAGAUGAUGCAUGAAGCCUCCUCCACCACGCCCAAAGUGUAGAGCAGCCCCUCUGGAUGGGAGGCCGGACAGCUGGCUGCUGGUGGAAUCUGUGUCCAAUCUCCCUGGUCUUCCCCAGCCCUGGGGCUCCCCUCUCUGCCACCUGCCCCACGUGCUGCCCCUUCCUGUUCCCAAACCACAUCCCAAACCAUAUAUGCCAGAUGUCCUUACAAGCAAAACUAUGCAACCC